UGCGAGAGCCAGUUUAUCCUGAGCCUUGAGAAGAAGGAGCAGCAGGCCAUCCUGGUGGGGAGAGAAAAGCACAUUAAAUACGUUUAAAAGCUAGGAAGAGGUGCGGGGGACGCGCCGGGUUGGACUUCAAUCACGGACACGCGUGGUUGUCGAGGGAAAACACGCGGAUUGCUUUGUGGAACUCCCGGUAACUUUUGACACAGUUUUCUCUUGCGGUGGUUUAUCCCGAUCAGAAGACGUGCGGCAUGGAUUGGGGCUCGGAGCUCUGGGACCAGUAUGACACGAUUGAGAAGCACACGCAAUCCGGCCUGGACCUGGUGGAAAAGUAUGUAAAGUUUGUGAAGGAGCGGACUGAAAUUGAGCAGAACUAUGCCAAACAGCUGAGGAAUAUGACAAAAAAGUAUCUCCCCAAACGAGGCAGCAAGGAGGAGCAGGAAUGCAGGUUCACCAAUCACCAGGCCUUCCAGGACAUCCUGAAUGAGAUGAAUGACUAUGCUGGGCAGCGGGAGGUUAUUGCUGAGAACAUGAUGAUCAAGAUCUGCCUGGAACUUACAAAGCACUUGCAGGAGCUGAAGCAAGAGCGCAAGACGCAUCUGUCUGAGGCUAAGAAGGCCCAGCAAAGCCUGGAAUGCAGCUUUAAGCAGAUGGAAAAUAGCAAGAAACGCUUUGAGCGCGAAUGGCGGGAAGCUGAAAGAGCAGCUCAGAAUGCUGAGAAGACUGACCAGGACAUCAAUGCUACUAAAGCAGACGUGGAGAAGGCCAAGCAGGUGGCGCAUAUGCGUGCACACACAGCAGAAGAGUGUAAGAAUGAGUAUGCUUCCCAGCUGCAGAAGUACAACAAAGAGCAGAACCAGUUCUACUAUUCCCAGAUUCCCCAAAUCUUCAAUAAACUACAGGACUUGGAUGAGCGCCGAAUUCGGUGCUUGGCGGAGGGCUACUCCAUGUUUGCUGAGACAGAAAAGCAGGUGAUGCCGAUCAUCGGGAAGUGCCUGGAAGGCAUUACCAAGGCAGCCACCAACACCGACCAGAAGAGUGACUCCCUGGCAGUCAUUGAGCAGCACAAGUCAGGCUUUGAUCGCCCAGGAGACGUGGAAUUUGAGGAUUACAGCCAGGGUAUCAACCGCACGUCAUCAGACAGCAGCCUGAGCACACCCAAAGGGCCCCUGGACCUGCUUGGCAAGAACAAAAACAAGCUGCGGCUCUUCGGCAAGAAGAACAAGCUCCCUUCACCCCCUCUCACUCCUGCCUCCACUCACCAUACUCCUUUGCCCGCAAAUGGACCCCCAUCCCCAAAGUUUACCCGGGACCCUCUGUCAUACUGUCUCAAGGAAAUCAAUAAGACAGUCAAACCCCGAAUCUCCUCGUUCCGGACCCUCAAGCGCUCGCCUGCCAUCACAGAGGACUUUGCUCACCUACCGCCAGAGCAGCGGAGGAAGAAGCUGCAGCAGAAGAUGGAUGAGAUUGGGAAGGAGCUGCAGAAGGAGCAAGACCAGAGUGAAGCAUUGGUGAAGAUGAAAGAUGUCUAUGAGAAGAACCCACAGAUGGGAAACCCUGAGAGUUUGGCACCCCAGAUCACUCAGACAGCCCAGAACAUGGAACGGCUGAGGGGCGAGCUGGCCAAGUAUGAGUCGUGGCUGGUGGAGGCUGGCGGCCGAGGGGACAACAUACGGUACUCAACCCACAGCCUUAACAACAACAAUGGUGCCUACAACAAAUACAGCACUGAUAAUGCCAACUGUGAAGCAGGGGACCCUGACAGCUCACAGGCAAUAUAUGCUGAAUUUGACGAGUUUGAUGAGGAUGAGAUGGACGUGCCCAUUGGCCAGUGCACGGCACUCUACAGUUUCCCAGGCUCCAGUGAGGGGACCAUUUCCAUGCAGGAGGGGGAGGUCCUGAGCGUGGUGGAGGAGGACAAGGGUGAUGGCUGGACCCGUGUGCGUCGUCCCAACGGUGACGAGGGCUACAUUCCAACUUCCUAUGUGAAAAUCACUCUUCCAAAGUGAGGGCACUGCAGCAGUACGGUGGGGAAGAAACCCGUGACAAACCUGGCACUGCUCUCGGUGUGGAUUUAUUUUGGACAUGAAUGUGGUGAUGUUACCACAUAGUUGGCGCUAUGGACCGAAGGCUUGGACCGGGCUCCUCUGCCGACUCCUCUCUCUGAGACCUCACAGAAAUGUCUGUUUUUAAUUCCCAGAGCAACACUAUCUCUCAUGGACCAGUUGACCUCUCUUGUAGGACCCCACACGUGACCUUGCUGGUCUUGCCAGAAACCUACUGGAGAUGUAUAUUCUUUUUUUUUUUUUUUCUUUCUCUCCCCUGUUCAUGUGAAACUCCCUCCUUCUCAAUGUGUUUGCUGAUUAGACCCUUAUGGCCCUGAAUGUUAAUUCAAUACUGAGGAGAUGUUGAAAGGAAAAUGUGUGUGGAAAACUCUGGGAGGCUUGGGUCUACAACUCCUACCCCUUUACCCCAGAGCUCAGAACCCAGGGAAUGACACAGCAUGUGCACUUCCACUGUUUCUGUCUGUCUGUCUGUCUAGCUUGGGUGUUUCUGUGCGGUUGGUAACGCCUCACAGCCACACAUGCAGCUUCAGAGGGUGCCUUAUGCGAUCUUAAUGUUAGACCUGAAACACACACGCAGUGCUCUGGUACCAGUUGGUUUGUGGAGCCUGUUGAUGGGAAGGGCUUUUCUUCAGCUCAGAUUUUAAAUCCAGUAUCUCCAUGGUUACAUUUCUUAGUUGAGUUCAGCUGUUAAGGAUGGGGGAUACAAGUGCUGGAAGGUCACAUGAAUUGUUAAAUGUAUACAUAUACACACACCUGUAUUUUAUCGUUAUUAUCUUAGUUAAAUUUACCACAGAAGAUAGGGGAGUUAAUAAUAAACAUUUCUUCUGGUAUUGGAGAAGAGUUCAGCUCGGUGACAACCAGGCCUGUAUUCACACAUGCUGCAUGAACUGUCUGUUGCAACAGAGAAGAAGUUUCUACGAAAGACUCAACAGAUGGAAGAACUUGGAUUUCCAUAUUUAUAUAAGAAAUAAUAUAUUUUAGUUAUCAUGAAGCCACUAGCAUCUUAUUAGCUAUUUUCCUGUAUAAGUGAAGUUAAAAAUGUAUGACUUUUUUUUUUUUUUUUUCUGUGUAGAGGUGAGGCUUGUCCUGUCUGGUAGUCCUUGUCCAGGACUCUAGGACAGACACUUGUUUUGAUAUUUUAGAACUACACAAGGGCAGAGGCUAGCAGUGUGUUUCCUGACCCCUUGCCUCUCCCUUCUAUUUUUUAUUAUGCCUGUUCUCCAAGCAAUCAGUUUUAAUGGAAUCUAUAAAUAAACACUCACAUUGGACGGAA